GCUGCUUUAAUCCUCCACAGAGCUCAGUGACAGUUAACCACACGGACAUAACGAACAAUAUCUGAACGAUGGGGCCGACAGGUGAGGUGGUGUUUGGCAGCCCAGUGACGGUCUGCUCUGAGAACCGACUGCGUUGGGACCUGAACCCGGAGCAGAUCCAGCAGCUGUCUGACGAGCUCAUCGCCAACACUAAGAAGGUGUACGACUGCAUCGGAGCCCUGGACCUGGACGGCGUCACCUUCGAGAACACGCUGAAGGCCCUCGCCGAUGUGGAGGUCGAGUACACAGUCCAGAGGAACAUGUUGGACUUCCCGCAGCAUGUCUCUCCCUGUAAGGAGGUCCGAGCGGCGAGCACCGAGGCUGACAAGCGCCUGUCCGAGUUCGACGUGGAGAUGAGCAUGAGGGAGGACGUCUACCUAAGGAUCGUCGCUCUGGAGAAGAAGAUCGAUGCCGACGGCCUCACUGCAGAGUCCAGGCGUUACAUGGAGCGACUGAUCAAACUGGGGAAGAGGAACGGCCUCCACCUGCCCAAAGAGACACAAGAGGAGAUCAAGAACAUCAAGAAGAAGCUGAGCAACCUGUGCAUCGACUUCAACAAGAACCUGAACGAGGACACCACAAGUCUGUCCUUCAGCCGAGACGAGCUGGGCGGCCUCCCUGAGGACUUCCUCAGCUCUCUGGAGCAGGAUGGAGAGAAGCUGAAGGUCACCCUGAAGUAUCCUCAUUACUUCCCCACCAUGAAGAAAUGUUUUGUCCCAGAGACCCGCAGGAAGCUGGAGGAGGCCUUCAACUCCCGCUGCAAAGAGGAGAACUCGGCCAUCCUGAAGGAGCUGGUGGAGCUCCGGGCUCAGAAAAGCUCUCUGCUCGGCUUCACCACCCACGCCGACUUCGUCCUGGAGAUGAACAUGGCCAAAUCUGGAAAGAAGGUGGCCAACUUCCUGGAGGAGCUGGCUCGUAAACUGAAGCCUCUGGGCGAUGAAGAGCGCGUCAUCAUCCUCAAACUGAAGGAGAAGGAGUGUCAGAAGAGGAGUCUGCCUUUCAACGGAGAGCUGCACGCCUGGGACACCCGCUACUUCAUGACCCAGGUGGAGGAGACUCAGUACGCUGUGGACCAGAACCUGCUGAAGGAGUAUUUUCCGAUGGAGGUGGUGACUCGGGGUCUGUUGGACAUCUACCAGGAGCUUCUGGGUCUGACCUUCGAGCUGGUGGACGGCGCCGAAGUGUGGCACCCGGAUGUCACUCUGUACUGCGUGAAGGAUCGCAGCAGUGGUCAGGUGGUCGGCCAGUUCUACCUGGACCUCUACCCCAGAGAAGGGAAGUACGGCCACGCCGCCUGUUUCGGCCUCCAGCCCGGCUGCCUGCUUUCUGACGGCACGCGUCAGAUGUCGGUGGCGGCGAUGGUGGCGAACUUCAGCAAGCCGACGGCCGACGCCCCGUCGCUCCUGCAGCACGACGAGGUGGAGACGUACUUCCACGAGUUCGGCCAUGUCAUGCACCAACUGUGUGCUCAGGCGGACUACGCCAUGUUCAGCGGGACUCAUGUGGAGCGGGACUUUGUAGAGGCUCCGUCUCAGAUGUUGGAGAACUGGGUUUGGGAGAAGGAGCCUCUGCUGAGGAUGUCCAGACACUAUAAGACCGGCAACGCCAUCCCCGACGAGCUGCUCGACAAACUCAUCAAGUCUCGCCUCGCCAACACCGGUCUGUUUAACCUGAGGCAGAUCGUUCUGGCUAAAGUGGACCAGGCUCUGCACACCAGAAGUGGACUCGACCCGGCGGAGGAGUACGGACGCCUCAGUCAGGACAUCCUGGGAAUCCCUGCCUCACCAGGAACCAACAUGCCGGCGACGUUCGGGCAUCUGGCCGGUGGCUAUGAUGCUCAGUACUACGGUUACCUGUGGAGCGAGGUGUUCUCCAUGGACAUGUUCUUCGCUCGCUUCAAACAGGAGGGAAUCAUGAACCCCAAGGUGGGUCUGGACUACAGAAAGUUCAUCCUGCGGCCCGGCGGCUCUGAGGACGCCUCCGAGAUGCUGAGGAAUUUCCUCGGGCGGGAGCCCAAACAGGAAGCGUUCCUGCUGAGCAAAGGACUGACGGUGGAGCAGGACGCCAGCACACCGUGUCCCUGCUGACCAGUCGCAGCAGCCGGCUCCGCCCCCAGCAGUGACCCGCAGAGAAGAACGGACUGAGGUUUUCUAGGAAAAAAAAUAAAAUGUUACACUACGUGGAAAAAAAUGAGCAGCAAAUAAAAUGAUUUGAGGUGACGUCCCGUGUGUCUGAAUAAGUGAUGUUACUUUAGUGGACGGUAGAGGUCGUCUUCACAGGCCGGGACCUGACAGAGACCGGUUCCAGACCUGAACCCCGACACAGCAGAGUCCAGAAAAACCACAGAACACCGAAACGGCUGCAGCGAGUCUUAGAGGACUCGCUCAUUCACAGAUCGUGUCCCAGACCAGCUCUCACAUCCUGGACCCCCCCAGCAGUCGGCUGAGCUCUGAGGGUUUUAACAUUCGGUUUAGUCUCCACAAUGAAAGAGUUUCCCUCUGCGGGAUCAGGCCAGGACUGGUUCUCGCGCUCGCUCUGCCGGUCUCAGGUUGUGUGUUUGAAGACUGAAUGGAGAGAUCACAUGUGAGGCAGCGGCCCCCCCGAUGUUCCUUUAUGUUCCUGCAAUCAAUCUGUCAGAUUUCUGUUGUUUCAAACAUUUCUGAUCAAUACCUUCAGUCACUUAAUGUCACUUUCCAUUCAACGAUUAACAGGUCGUCGCUUUCAUUGAUACCAAGACCACGGUGUAUAAGUACUCCAUUACAAGUAAAAAAUAAGUAGUGCAGAAGUAUUAUAAUCACAAUGUACUCGAAGUAUUAAAGUACUUGUUC